UAGUUGUCACAUUGUAACAGAAGACUAAAUUGCUAGGUUAGGUUGUCAGAUGAUUUUGUGUUUUGAUUUUGGAGUUUGAAAAAUAGGAAGUAUGGUUUAGUGUCAACAAUAAAAAUAUAAUUUGUGUACUUUCUUUAAAUAUGAAAAUUUUAACGGAUUUUACCCAAAAUUUACUUGAUUUUCUAGUCGAGCAACAAUAUGAACAUAGUCAGAAUAUUAUUAGAACUCACACCAAAAAAUUGAAUGAAUUGGGUGAUUUAAGUUUUCCUACAAAUACUAAAAACUGGUACCAAUUCAUUGAUGUAAUUAAAGAAGAAUCAGUUAAAAGUGUGAAUAUAGUUAAAUUUGAAAUUUCAGAAACGACUAGAGAAUUAGUUACAGAGCAAUUGCUGCAAAAAAGCUCCAGUUGGCCAAUUGAAAUAAAUAAAAUUGUUUUUAAAAAGGCUGAUGCUCACAUACAUUUGAAAAGAAGUCCAGUACUUUAUAAAACAGUGAUAAAACAUGUGUUAAUGCAAGACUCUCAAUAUGGUUCGUGUCCCAUUAUGUCAAAUAACUUUAAUGUUGGGUUUUCUGUAAAUAUUGAAGAUAGCAACAUAGUAAAUUUGACUACUUUGAGAAUGAUGAUUCUAAAAGAAGUAGCUGAAAACUUUAUCAAAUAUAAUACCAUGGAAUCACCAAGAAACACAUAUAAUUUACAUUUUGUUGCUAACGCAGUUGAUAAUGAAAACAUUAACAUUUUAUGUGGUCCAGUUUUAAACGAAAGAUGCAUAAAGAGUAACCUUACUGCUAAAGAAUUGUAUGAAAAAAGAGCAUCUGAUAUGAGAAUGAUGGCCCAACACAAAUAUGGGGUUCAGAUAAAACCAAGUAAAGCAUGGGAAACAUAUUUUAAUAAUAUUGGAAAAGGUUCAGUGACCAUAGAAAUGUUAACAAACAAACCACAGAAAUCAAUAAAAAUAACUCCAAAUGAUUUACAAUCUGCAAAUAAAGGUGCUUCGUUUAUAUUUUACAAUUGUGCUAGAUUAUCUGCUUUAUUUAAAGAAUUUGAAAAAAGGGUUAUGUCAGAAGAAUAUCCAAGAUUGCCAGAUAUUGACGAAAUAGAUUUUCAUCUCAUUGAUCAACCAGAAGAAUGGGAAUUGUUUUAUGUAUAUAUUUUGCAAUUCCCACUGGUUAUAAAGAGCUGCGUUAAAGAUAUCGAGAAAGGAAUAUUUAAUCCACAAUAUUUGAUAUCGUUUCUAUCUAAUCUUUGCUCUGUAUUUAGUGUGUACUAUAGAAGAGUACGCAUAUUGACAAACCCAAGGGAGCACAUGUUUUCAAUUAUUCAUGCAAGAAUAUAUCUAUUAAAAGCACUACAGUGUGUUUUCCACAAUUCUUUGCAUCUAUUGAAUAUCGAACCUAUCAAAGAGAUGUAAAGCUGAAUAAUUCAGUUGUUAUGUAUUUUUUAAGUUUUAUAUUUGAUGAAAUAAAUAUAUUUAUUUUUUAGAA